ACAAAAACAUCACGAGUGGCCGCUGGAGCUCUGGGUGCGACUACGACCUACAUAUACAGCACAUGGUGGCGGUUGGUAGCUGGUUGGAGCGACGGAUAUCAUCGGGUCCUAGACUGUGUUCAGAGAUUUUCGUAUCACGCCUCAAAUUAAAGUUGUGAAACUUUACUUUGGUGUUAAACGACUACAACCUGGGCGGCAUUUGUUUUUGUUAAAAGUCUGUGAACGAGCGUCAUAUAGCGAGUUUGAGGACUUUCUAAAACAAUAGUCCUACUCCGUCAGCAGCAGCUACGCAGAAGCUAGCAUGUCGACCGGCACAAAAGAAGUUAAAAGUUGCCCCAUCCCGACCAGGGUGCUCACUCUGAAGGACUGGUCCCAGCUACCCGACUGUUACAGCCAGACACCCGGGGGCACCCUGUUCUCCACCACGCCUGGAGGUACUCGUAUCAUCUAUGACAGGAAGUUUCUGUUAGAUUGUAGAAACUCCCCUCUUGCCCGGACCCCCCCAUGCUGUUUGCCUCAGAUUCCAGGGGUAACAGUACCUGCUACACACCCCAUUGGGAAAUUGCAGGAUCUCAAAGAGGAAGCUGAGGAGGAAGAGAAGGACAUUGCAGAUGACAACCAGUUUGAGAUGGACAUCUGAACUCCAAGUACUACCUCCUGUGGAGAGUUAUUAAUCAAAACACCUCCAAGGUCAUUAAUGACUGUAAUGCAUUGCAUAUAAAGCUUUUUUCACCAUGUUGUAUCUUUUUUUUUUUUUUUUUUUUUUUGGGAAAAAACGCUUUUGUGAAGAACCAAAAAGAAUGGAAAAGUUAGAAAGCUGUAGGGUGUUUUUGACCCUAAAAUAGUGUGUUAAACAAAGAAAUGGUAUUACAUAGGUUGAUUAGUUGCUCACUCACUUCAGAGCUGCAGGAGGACAGAAAAAGAAAAUCAUUUUUUUAAUUUCACUUUUUUUUAUCUUUUGUAAAUAAGAAAGUUGUACUAUGUAGCCUAUUUUUUAAGUUGGGGAAUACAUUAGUAUUCUCACGGCAGGCCUCAGUUUUGUUGUAUCCUCCCAGAUAGGAUGGCUAACCUUCUUUGAGAUAGGCAAACACAUGUCUCCUAAUAUUGGGGGUCAGGGCCUACUGAAAAUCAGCUCCUACUUUUUUUUUUUUUCUAUGGAGGGAGAGAUGAAAUGUGAAUAAUUUCAAAUAAAGGCUGUUUGAAAUGUCA